UGUUUAACAAGCACCCCAGCUUUGUAGGAAGGCUGCUUCACUGACCAUCUGCUCUGCCUAGAGAGUGAUAUCUGGCCAGGCUUUGGCAAGCAGAAAAAAUGUCCACUCGCUACCACCAAGCGGCUAGUGAUAGCUACCUGGAACUUCUGAAAGAGGCUACUAAGAGAGAUCUGAAUCUUUCCGACGAAGAUGGCAUGACUCCCACACUCCUGGCAGCCUAUCAUGGGAAUCUGGAAGCCCUAGAAAUAAUCUGCAGCCGAGGAGGGGACCCCAAUAGAUGCGACAUCUGGGGAAAUACUCCUCUGCACGUUGCAGCCUCCAAUGGUCAUACCCACUGUGUUUCAUUCCUGGUCAACUUUGGUGCCAACAUCUUUGCCCUGGACAACAACUUACAGUCUCCGCUGGAUGCUGCUGCCAGCAGAGAACAAAAUGAAUGUGUUGCUCUCCUGGAUAAGGCUGCCACUGCCCAGAAUAUCAUGAACCCCAAGAAAGUUAUCAGGCUGAAGGAGCAAGCUCAGAAGAAUGCCAGGAGGCAGAUCAAGGAAUGUGAGAAGCUCCAAGAGAAGCAUGACAGUAAGAUGGCUCGAAACUACAACAAGGAGGAAUCUGGGACUCUUUCCUCCUCCAUGUCAUCCCUUUCAAAAGCUUCUGCUUCUGGUACAUUUGGGUCCCUGUCUAAGGGCAUUAAAGACACCUUCAAGAUAAAGUUCAAGAAGAACAAAGACACAGCAGAGCAGGUAGGAAAGGAGAGCAGAAGUGAGCAGAGGAAUGUGAUGGAAGUGUUCAGAGAAGAGGAAGAAGACAGAUUCUCAGGGGAUUUCCAAGACAAGCUCCAGUUUUCAGAAGAGGAGGGCAGUUGUGUGCAACAUGAAUCCAUUCUCAACCGUCCAGGUCUAGGAAAUAUUGUUUUUAGAAGGAACAAACUAUCAAGUGCCGAAGACAUCUCAGACAGCAAGAGGGAGUUAGGGUUUAAAAUGAGCAGCGAAUUGCUGCAGAGACAAGGAGCAGCAGAGGCUGAUGAAGCCGAGGCUGGUAGAGAGGAAGAGGACAACAGCCAUGAAGACGAUCUGCCUUGGGAUGAGGAUGAAGUGGAGUGGGAGGAAGAUGUGGUUGAUGCUACUCCUCUGGAAAUAUUUUUGCAGUCCCAUCAUCUGGAAGAAUUCCUUCCCAUUUUCAUGAGAGAGCAGAUUGAUCUAGAAGCUCUGUUGCUUUGCUCUGAUGAGGACCUUCAGAGUAUACAAAUGCAGCUUGGUCCCAGGAAGAAAGUUCUUAAUGUCAUAAACAGAAGGAAGCAGGUGCUACAACAGCCUGGGCAACUGGUCGACACCAGCCUCUGAUGGAAUGUUGGGUCCACAGGGUGAGCCUGCAGCGAUGGGGUGAUGCUGUGGCUCACUGGAAACACUCAGGCAACACCCCCUCUGCCCAAUGCCAGACCACUGGGAUUGUUUUCUAGGGUUUCAGAGAUACCCUCCUAAAAAAAGAAGCCCAAACUGUACUCUGAGAAAUACUCUAUACCUGUGUACUCUGACCACUAGUGAGCAACUCAGGGAGACCUGGGAAUAAGAAAAGGGUGUUUCUCUUCAAUUGUCUUUUUGAUAUUUUUGUGUAUAGAAAGUGUUAAAUGGAUGACAGAGAAGAGAGAAACUGUCUUUACUUUUCCAACUCUGGGCUUAAAAAGUAUAAUCUCUCAUCAUGCAAGUGUGGUGCAUACUUUCUAAUCCUCAUAGCCUGGGGACUUCCGACUCCAGUUCUGUCCUUAGCUCUAUGACUUUGUCUGUUGGUGGAGACUUGACUUCCUCCACUGGCCUGAGGAUUCACACCCAACUUGAACGUGUCUAACCCAUCGACAGUUGUUUGCAUGUUUACAAGUAAUGGACAUGGGUCUGUAAUACUCCUUCCUGGGAACAGAGACAGAGUGGCACGUAGGGAGAGUGAAGAAUGAAAUAGAAUACCGGGUACCUUUUAUAAAAUAUGGAUUGUAUCUCCCCUAAAUUCAUAUAUUGAAAACUUAAGCCCCAACAUAGCUGUAUUUGGAGGUAGGACAUUUAAAGAGUUGAUUAAGGCUAAAUGAUGUCAUAAGGGUCAUAAGGGACACAAAUGGAUGGUGUCCUUGUAAGAGGAAGAGACACUGGGGAUGUACAUGCACAGAGAAAAGGUCAUGUGAGGACACAGUAAGAAGACAGCCCCCUACAAGCCAAAGAGAGAGGCUUCAGCAAAAACCAAACCUUCCAACACCUUGACCUUGCACUUCCAGCCUUCAGAGAUGUAAGAAAAUAAAUUUCUGUUGUUUAAGCCA